AUAAAGUCAAGUUGAAUCGAAAACUUCUGUAGUGUGCCAACUGUUUCCCAUCGUGAGAGUUUAAGCUAAAAUGAUGCGCCUGAAUACAGUGUUUACCCUCUUUUUCGUUAUUUGUUUGACUCUGGUUGCUGGCCAAGAACGGGACUGUGACGAAUUGGCAAGGCGAUGUGAGUCCUGUGUGAGGCGUCUAGAUAAUGCAAUCGAUCGCGAUUUACCCCUCUUCAAUAGGGAGUGCAGACAAAGGACCGAAUUGUCUUGGCGCUGGAGGAACGUAGGACGCUGUGAGCUCAGCAAGCUCAACUGCUUGGGCUGGGAGUCACCCAUGAACUGUGAAGAUAUUGCUAGGAGGGCUGGUAUGGAACGCAGACGUAUUUAAUAAGCACCAACCCACAAAUGAAUUAAUGAAAUGAUUAAAAAAAAACUAAAGAGAGCAUUGAAGUAAA